AUGUGCAUCACCCUUCCCGUUUGGACCCACGCUCCUGCCCCACUCCUGGAGCCCCUGCUUGCCGAUGUGGAUUGUCGGCAAGGCACAGUAUUCAUGUCCUGCUGUGAUCCAGCUCUACUGCCGCCAGAGAGCCCAUCAGUCAAUUCCUUUAGCAGGACACUCCAUCUGGGAGACACUACGCCAGCGAGGAUGGUUGCCAUCUCCUUCCAUUAUCGAGGGGAACCUCUGGGCAAACAUUUUUUCUCCUGUGACCAUGGUCAAAGAGUGAAUCGUCUAAAUGGGGACAAAGGCGGCGAUGGAUACGGGUUCUCCAUCCUGUCCAUCCAGGUUGAGCCGGCCAUUGGACGCUCUGCCCCGACCAUCACAGGAGAGAGAGGACCUGGACCCCGGGGGGAGAGGACCUGGACCCCGGGGGGAGAGGACCUGGACCCCGGGGGGAGAGGACCUGGACCCCGGGGGGAGAGGACCUGGACCCCGGGGGGAGAGGACCUGGACCCCGGGGGGAGAGGACCUGGACCCCGGGGGGAGAGGACCUGGACCCCGUAUAUUUUUCCAGCACUGCUGUUCACACUGAAGUGCCAAUGUGGAUACAACCUCAUGUAUGAAAGUGCCCAUUUUUCCAUCCUGGACAUUCACCACUCAUGGCUGCUCCUGUCACAAACACACUUCAGUUCUAGUACUUUAGCCCUGGCUACAAAGUUGGAAGGGGCUCUUCAGAAGAUCACCCAGGCAUGGAUGUUUGUUGUUUUUCACGCCAUUCUGAGCAAACUACAGGUGAAAAUCCCAGGAGUUUGUAUGGGUACUACUAACAUCAUGUCACUUAUGGGGACAGUGGAUGAACAUUACCAGAUGAUAAAGAAGAUGUUUAGUAACUGUGAAAUUGUUCUUGGAAAUCUGGAAAUUACUUUCCUAGAACACUACCAUGAUGUAUCAUUUCUUGAGGACAUAAAAGAAGUGCGAGGUUACGUUCUGAUCGGUUUAAACAAUAUAAAGACCAUUCCGUUGACCAACCUUCAGGUGAUCCGAGGAAACAUUUUGUUAAGAAAUGCCUCCCUCUCUAUUUUAUCUAAUUUGAAUAGAGAGAACAGAACACAAGGGUUAGAGGAGCUACCAAUGAGACAACUAAAAGAAAUUAUAACGGGUGGCGUUAGAAUAAUCUCAAAUCCUAAACUCUGCCUUCGGAAUACAAUCAAGUGGGAGGACAUUGCUAAACAGGACAGUCCUGAAUGUGACAUGGAAGCUUGCAAUGGAUCAUGCUGGGGACCUGGUCCAGAGAACUGCCAGCUACUUACAAAGCUCAACUGUGCUCAAGAGUGUCCUGGACGGUGCAGGGGACCAAAACCCAGUGAUUGUUGCCAUAGUCAGUGCGCUGCCGGCUGUACAGGACCCAAAGCUUCCGAUUGCCUGGUUUGCCGCAAAUUUCGUGAUGGUGACACAUGCAGGGAGAGCUGUCUUCCACCUUAUUUAUAUAACCCAAACAUACACCAAAUGGAACCCAAUCCUGAAGGAAAGUACAGUUUUGGAUACUCCUGCGUUUCUAAAUGUCCAUACAAUACCUUAGCAACAGAUCUUGGGUCUUGUGUUAAGACAUGCCCAUCCGAUUCAUAUGAGGUGGAGGAAAAUGGAGCCCGCAGAUGUAAAAAGUGUAAUGGACCCUGUGCUAAAGAUGUAAUAUGUGAUGGAAUUGGACAUGGAAAACUACAGUCCUCAAUGUCUAUAGAUGCUACAAAUAUUGAUGAUUUUGAAAACUGCACUAUUGUACAAGGAGACAUAUUAAUCCUAAAUUUUGCAAAAACCGGUGACAUCUUCACCAAUACACCAAAACUAAAUCCAGAAAAGCUGAAAAACUUAAAAACCAUACGGGAAAUUACAGGAUACCUAGUAAUUCAGUGGUGGCCAGAAAUUUAUGCUGACUUAAGUAUUUUUGAAAACCUUGAAAUAAUCAGGGGUAGGACAAAGCAUUCAGGAUAUGUCUCGCUUGCAAUAAUAGGCACAAAAAUAACAUCUCUGGGAUUGCGAUCACUAAAAGAAGUGAGUGAUGGUGAUGUUCGAAUUCAAAGAAAUGAAAAUCUUUGCUUUGUGGAUUCCAUCAACUGGAAGCCUAUGUUUAGAACAAACCGAGCGGAGAUAAUUAAAAACAACAGCCCUCCAGAAGAAUGUGGUAGGUUUACAUUUAUGAUUUAA